AUGAAUAAUAGUGAUUUAAGAAAUAGCAGAUAAAACUAAAACUUUUAAAAUACUACAUUCCUCUAAUAAUAAUAUCCACAAUAUAAUUAUAAGUCUCCAACACGUUUUGCAGUUAAACCUACCUAGACAUUUUUAGGAAGAGAGUAAAAUACCUAUAAAAACUUGGGACAAACAUAACCAUAAGCAGCUGUAUUGUAAAGGACCCCUUUAGAGUUUAUAAUUAAUUAAAGUAAUAACUAAAGAAAUCUUAUUCAUUAAUCGCCUAAUCAAAGAUAAAAUUCAAUUAAAUAAUAAAAAUAAUUUUUGUUAGUAAAAGAGAAAUCUUGUAACAAAGUACCAUUUAAUAUGGUUUCUGGAGGGGAAAAACCUCAAUAUAGUGGAAAUAAUCAAUUAAUUAGAAAAUCCAAUCUCCCAAAUGAUUAAUAUUAGAAUAAUAAUUUAAAUAAGGUAUUUUCCUAAGAGAAACAUUAAUAGUAAAAACUAUUAACUUUCUUAUAACAUUAACCUUUAAAUAAUAAUGAAAUAAAAUAAAAUCAUGAUUAGAUGAAAAAUCAUUAAUUAUGUUAAUAAUCAACAGAAUUAUAAACUUCUCUAGACAAAAAUUAAAAAACAUAAAAUUUCAAUUCAACUUAUUAAGAAGGAAAUAGGCAAUAAUAAUACAUUAGAGACAUUAUAAAUAAUUAAUAAGGUUCAAAACAAUCAUACUCAAAUAAAUAAGACCAGAAUACAAAACAAGAUUAGAUGAAUACAAGAAAUUCGAGCACAAAUUAGAAGAUUAUAAAAGCAAAAUUCCAAAUAUAACAAAUACAAAACAAUGAUGCUAAGGAUCUACAAGGCGUUAAUUAAGAGAUUCCAAAAACCAAAAACUUAGGAAAGACUUAAAUUACAUAUAUCUAAAGAAAUCACUACGAAACCAAACAAGAAUGGUAACAAACUAAUAAUAAUGAUCUAAAAAAUGAUUAUAAUUAGAGGACAUAAACCAAUAAAAUAGAAAAAUCUUAAAACUUAAAAGAGGCAUCAAAACAAAAUUAAAUUUAAUAAGAAUAGUAACAAACUAAUAAUUAAGAUAUAAAAAAUGAUUAUAAUUAGAUAAUAUAAACCAAUAAUAUAGAAAAAUCUUAAAACUUAAAAGAGGCAUCAAAACAAAAUUAAAUUAAAUAAGAAUAGUAACAAACUAAUAAUUAAGAUAUAAAAAAUGAUUAUAAUUAGAUAACAUAAACCAAUAAAAUAGAAAAAUCUUAAAACUUAAAAGAGGAAUCAAAACAAAAUUAUUUUAAAUAAGAAUAGUAACAAACUAAUAAUUAAGAUAUAAAAAAUGAUUAUAAUUAGAUAACAUAAACCAAUAAUAUAGAAAAAUCUUAAAACUUAAAAGAGGCAUCAAAACAAAAUUAAAUUUAAUAAGAAUAGGAACAAACUAAUAAUUAAGAUAUAAAAAAUGAUUAUAAUUAGAUUACAUAAACCAAUAAAAUAGAAAAAAUUGAAGACUUAAAGGUGGAUUCAAAACAAAAUUAAAUUUAAUAAGAAUAGUAACAAACUAAUAAUUAAGAUAUAAAAAAUGAUUAUAAUUAGAUAACAUAAACCAAUAAAAUAGAAAAAUCUUAAAACUUAAAAGAGGAAUCAAAACAAAAUUAUUUUAAAUAAGAAUAGUAACAAACUAAUAAUUAAGAUAUAAAAAAUGAUUAUAAUUAGAUAAUAUAAACCAAUAAAAUAGAAAGUAUUAAUAAUCACAUUGAAAAACUCAAUAAAUAACCAAAUCAGGUUACAUCCAAAAACACAAAACCUCCAAUAGCAUUACUACUAGGCACUCCUGGAGUCGGUAAGACCUUUUUAAUGAAAACUAUAUUUAAUAGAAAAAUUAUUAAUGAAUAUCAAUUAUACAAAUUACAACUAGACGAUACUCUGAGUUAUAAUUUUGUUGAUACUUAAGGAUUUAAUUUUGAAGAAGAUAUUGAUGUCAGAGAAGCACAAAUUAGCAAGUAUUAAAAACUAUUUAAUGAUAAUAAAGAUUAAGUAUACUCUAUUUUUAUUGUUGUCAAUUUUGAAAGAACUGAUCUGAUGAAAAAAAAUAUUCUAUCAAUAUAUAAGUUCUUCAGAAAAUUUUCAUCAUUAAUUAGUAUCAUUGUGACUGAAUUCUAAUUAAGUGAUGAUAAAGAUCAAGAUGAAGCUGAUUUGACAGCAAAAUUAAAAAUUUUUAAGCCUAGAGAUAUAAUUUUUGUAGAAAGAGGAAUUAGAAAAGAAGAUUUAAUUAAAAAAAUGAAAGAGAAGUCUUUAAAUUAGAUUGAAUCUGAUUUUAAAUUUGAUAUAACGGAUACUAUUUUUGAGAAAGCAGAUUAAGAGGAGGUUAAAUAAAUAUUUGAUUAACUUAAACAAAGAUUAAAUUGA